UUCUACCAAAAAAAGAAAAAUCAAAGAUAUAUAUCGUCUUCUUCUAUCCAUCGAUCUUAAUCAUUUUGGCAACAAUACAAGAAACUAUCAAACAAAUAUCAUCUUUCCCCUUAUCUAAGUUACAUCACUUGGUUUACUUCUUCUCUCUUUGCUAACAAAUUAAAGUACUUCACUAUAAUAUGGAUAUAUUCCACAAAGCCAAGGUAGUAAGAUUCAAGAGCCAUCUUGACAAGUACCUAGUAGCCGAUGAUGAUCAAGAAACCACCCGCCAGAGCCGCUCUUCAACUAGUCGAAAAUCGUGGUGGCUAGUUGAGUUUGUUGAUGAAAACAGCCACCUUAUACGACUCAAAAAUUGUCAUAGUGGCAAAUACCUUAUGGCUUCUGAUGAGCCAUUUUUACUAGGCAUGACGGGUAAUAAAGUCGUACAAAAUUUGCCUGAGAACUAUGCGAAAGAUUACUUGAGUUCUAUCGAAUGGGAACCAAUACGGGAUGGAUUUCAAGUGAAGUUAAAGGCAUUUGGUGGUACAUUUUUACGUGCAAAUGGAGGUAUGCCACCGUGGAGGAAUUCUGUUACACAUGAUAGUCCUGCUUCUACACAUAAUUGGAUUUUGUGGGACGUGGAAACUGUUGAUGUAUCGAUGGUUUCGAGUAUUUCCGAUGGAUUUUCCGGCUUGGAAAUGGGAUCUCCGGCCAUGUCAACACGUUCAAGCUUCUCUUCUUCUCCAAGAAUAGUUGUGACCAAGAAACCAGAACAUAUGGACCUAUUUUACAAGGCAAAAGCAGUAAGACUAAAAAGCUAUCAUGAGAAGUAUUUAUUAGCAGAAGAAGAUGAAGAAACAGUAAUUCAAGAUCGUGAUGGAGCUUCCAAAAAUGCAACUUGGACAGUUGAAUUUGUUGAAAAAAACAACACCAUUCGUCUCAAAAGUCGUUAUGGCAAGUACCUCACAGCUUCAAACCAGAGAUUUCUUUUAGGUAUGACAGGGAGGAAAGUUCUGCAAACUCUGCCACAGAGGCUUGAUUCUUCUGUAGAAUGGGAACCAAUUAGAGAAGGGAACCAAGUGAAGCUUAGGACAAAGCAUGGACAGUUCUUAAGGGCUAAUGAUAGUAUUCCACCUUGGAGAAACUCAGUGACACACAAUAUUCCACAUAGGACUUCUACUCAAGAUUGGAUUUUGUGGCAUGUUGAUGUUGUUGAAAUCUUGGUCCAUUCACCUGUUCCUAAGGAUCCUCCACCUUUGGUUUAUCAUGAUGAAGACUCUACUUUGGCUUCUGAAUAUAGUUCACCCUCAUCUACUGUUUAUACUGCAUCACCUGCAAGCUUACCAGCCAGCUUUUCUAGACAAGAGUCAGAUGAGUUUUUGGCUAGUUCAUUAAUGAAGUUUGGAGAUGGGAGGCUGAUUUAUUAUCACAUUGCUAAUGAAUAUGGAGAAAUCAAUGAGGGAGUUGAAGGGGUUUGCAUACCUUUUAAGGGAAAUAGUGUUGAGGAGCUGAAGAAGACAUUGGAAGAAGAAACCGGGCUCGAGGACAUUACUGUGUGUACUAAGAGUUCUUUGAAUGGAAAACUUUACCCUCUUCGUUUGCAGCUUCCUCCCAACAAUGCGGAUAUGGAUGUCGUUGUUGUGCCAUCCGGCUUCAUCUAAAGUAGCAGGAGCUUUUGCAAAUGCAAGGAUAUCGAUGUAUAGCAAUUUAGAUGGCACUG